UAAAAUAUGAAUCAAAAUCAUCAAAAAUUUCCUCCCCAUCUUCUCUCCCUUGUGAAAACACCCAUUUACAUAGGCUUAUUUGUAUAUCUCUAUACUCAAAGAAAGUCAAAUCGUAAGAAAACACAAGGAAACUCUCACUGAAUUUCAUUAAUGGCCACUGCUGCUGCUGCUGCUGUUUCCCCUUCACUUUCUUUAAAUCAUCAUAGUUCUUUGAUUCCCAAAUAUCAUGGGGUUUCUUUGAAUUCAGGAAUUAGUAUUCCUACAAGGUCUUCCUCUCGUGGGUUCACUUCAAGAAUCAGAGCUAGCUCUGCUGUUGCUGUUGAACCGGAAUUGAGAACUCCAGCUCAAGAUGCUACAGAAGCUGAAUUGUUUGCUUGCCCAAUUUGUUAUGAACCGCUUAUGAGAAAAGGUCCUCCAGGUUUUAACUUACCUGCAAUCUACCGAUCGGGCUUCAAAUGCAGAAAGUGUAACAAGUCAUAUUCAAGCAAAAAUAUCUACCUUGAUCUCACUGUUACUUCUGGAAUGAAAGAAUAUAAUGAAUCUAAACCAGCUCGGACUGAGCUAUUCAGGAGUCCAAUUGUUUCAUUCUUGUAUGAGAGAGGAUGGCGUCAAAAUUUUAACCUAAGUGGUUUUCCUGGUCCUGAUGAAGAGUUUAAGAUGGCUCAGGAGUACUUCAAAGUUGCUGAAGGUGGUGUUCUUGUAGACGUCAGUUGCGGGAGUGGGUUAUUUUCCAGGAAAUUUGCCAAAUCUGGCGCCUAUUCAAGAGUCGUCGCACUCGACUUUUCUGAAAACAUGCUUCGCCAGUGUUAUGAUUUCAUCAAGAAUGAUGAGAGUAUCUUAAGCUCCAAUCUGGCUCUUGUAAGGGCAGAUGUUUCCAGAUUACCGUUCUUCUCUGGAUCAAUUGAUGCUGUUCAUGCAGGUGCUGCCUUGCAUUGCUGGCCAUCUCCAUCCAAUGCUAUUGCUGAAAUUAACCGGAUUUUGCGUAGUGGGGGUGUGUUUGUUGGUACUACAUUUCUUCGAGUCAAUCCUUCAGCUCCUACGAUAUUCAGGGCUUUGGAGCAGAGUGCUGGAAGAACCUAUAGCUAUUUUACUCAAGAGGAAAUUGAGGACUUGGUGACAACCUGUGGUCUCAUCAACUAUACCAGUAAAGUUCAGGAUUCUUUCAUCAUGUUUUCUGCACAGAAACCCUAAUCUUUGGCCAGUUAAAUCUCAUUAUUUUUCAUGUUUUGGUAUAUUCUUGUAUUCACUUAAAUGUGCAAUAUAUCUCAACUCUGUAGAUAAUAUAGUAAAUAGAUAAAGUUGAUUCAGGCAGUUAAAGCACAUUCUUUACUGUGAAUACCACUGCUGGUAAAACAAUGUAACUAGACAUUAAAAUAGCUUAUCAGCACAUGUAAUAUGUAUCUAGUACUUUCCCUUAAUUGCUUUGUUGGAAUCACUUGUAUAUGUUUAUUAA